AUGUCGUUUACGAAACCAUGGCCUCUCCGGCCAUUGAAUCUAUUCCUAGCUAGUCUUGUGCUUUUUCCCAAUGUAUCUCAAGCCAGCUCGUCGGUCAACGUGGCCUUGAGUGCUUCGUUCCAUUCGGCUCCAUACCUAAUGGAACUCUUGGAGACAGCGGCUGAAGAGAAUUCGACGUCCUAUUUCCCCCUCCUCGACCGCAUAGCUGACGGUAGAUUUGCGGAUGCCACGACGGAGAAAGACCUCUACGAACAGUUCAUCCAGGUGCUUAGCGAAGAUGGCCAUGUUACGGACCCAGUUGCCUUGUCGUCGUUUAAAUUUGCGCUGUCAAUUCGGUCUACUGCGCCUCGAAUCCAGGCACACUACCAGUACUAUAACUCCUCGGUUGAAAAUUCGUUGAUGGCGGCGCAGGAUGCGGUGUGUCAGGUUUGGGCUCAUUAUGACGGAUCUCAAUAUUGCUCGCCUACUUUAGAGCAUGCCCAGCAGCCUUUAAUUGCUGGAAGGGACGAGUCACUUGAGAAGUUGCUGCCUUUUGAUCGUGUGCUUGCUGUUUCAAACGGUGAUGAAGAAGAGAGCCAGCAAUCAUUAGUUUUAUACGCAGACAUUACUUCGCCUUUAUUCGGCGAGUUUCACAAGGCAGUCAGCAAGAGAGCCAGAGAUGGUGAGAUCUCGUACAGGGUCCGUUAUCGACCUUCAACGACCGCUUCUGGCCCAGCAAAACCACUCUUCGUUAGUGGAUAUGGUGUAGAGCUUUCUCUAAAGCGUACCGAUUACAUCAUGAUCGAUGACCGCACUGAAGAAAAAGGAGACUCUAAACAGAGUGCCCCAGACACGAAGCCAACAUUGGCCGCUGACGGUCUAGCUGAAAGCCCUACCGCUGACUUGGAACCCCUCUCGUCAUCCGAAGUGUCAAGCCUUGGAUUGAAUGCAGCUAGCUUUGUCAUGAAUAGUGAUGACCCAUUUGAUACUCUGGUCAAGUUAUCAGAUGAUUUCCCUAGGCACUCAAAGACAAUCGCUGCCUUCAAUGCUACCUCGGAGUUUCUCACUGAAUAUCGAGAAAACAGAGGAGAGGGACUACAGCCUGGUAUAAACAGCAUGUGGAUUAAUGGAGUACAGAUGUCUCCUCGAAAUAUUGAUGCUUUUUCACUUUUGGCCCAUUUAAGACAAGAGCGAAAACUCAUGAACUCACUCAAUGAGCUUGGGUUAUCAGCGCAAGAAGCCGUCAAACUCCUGUCUAAUCCUGUCAUUUCAAAGGCUCAGACUGUGCAAGGAAGUCAGCGGUUUGACUAUCGUGAUGACAUUGAAGGAGGGGGCGUUAUAAUCUGGUUGAAUGAUUUAGAAAAGGAUCCACGUUAUGAAGAGUGGUCAGACGAGGUCACCACGCUCCUGCAACCUACAUAUCCGGGCCAGUUCCAUGAACUCCGCCGUGAAGUUCAUAACGUCGUGUUACCGUUAGACUUGGCUAAUAAAGAAGAUAUUACACUGUUUGUCGAGGAGAUACAAGCGUUUGUCUUGAAUAAGGUCCCCAUUAGGUUUGGGUUGGUUCCACUGCAGCGCAGCGAGCUUUCUAGGGAGCAAGCGAAGAUUGCCUACUAUCUGCAGGAUGCUUAUGGAUUAGAAGCUGUUUUCAGCUACUUUACUGAGAUAUACUCAGCUCAGAAAUUCGCUUUACCAAGCAAAGCUGAUUUCGAGACGGCUAUAAAAGGCAGAGUGUUGAAUGAUGAUCGAUCCGCAAUUUUGUUCGAAGACGUUGUGAAGUCCACCGAGUUGGAUGCUGUCAUUUCGAAAUCAAAAGACUACCUCAAACGGCUGGCUGCUGAUGGGGAGAAUCCGCCUAUGUUUGCCAAUGCCAUCCCUCUUGAACGGGGGGAAAAUUGGAUCCACUUCCUGAUUGACAGGCUUUUCAAAGAUGUGCAGGGUAUGCAGCGACGUAUUUACGAAGGCGCCUACAAGGAGGAUGUGUGGCUUCCUAGCUUUUACUUGGAAGAUGCAUCUCCAAAGUGCAACCCAAUGAUUGUCCCUGAGGACGCAAGCGACAUAACAGUGAAGAGUAUUAACGAUGCUUAUACUAAACAUACGGAUGCAUUUAAUAAAAUUCCUCGGAUACCUGGGAAAAGCGGUUCUACCAUUGAAAAAUGGGCUCAACUCGCACUUGCCAUUGAUCUAGACAAUGAACACGGCGCAAAGCAAUUGGCUAACGCAGUUGAAUUCCACAAAGCUAACCCUGAGGUGGAGAUCUUGAUACUGCAUAAGCCCACCUCGCCAGCUAAGAAGGGUAGUCUGUCCAUUGGGCUUCAUAGUCUUCUUGAUGGCGGGCGUGACCUUAAAACCGAUUCUGUCAUUGCUUUGCUUCACAAGGAUGUCGAGAGCAAGAGUACCUCAUCUAACUCUGAGAAGUAUUAUUCAUCCGUCCAGUCAGUGCUUUCAGAGCUAGGAGUUGCUGAAAAUGGCAUGCAUGUUCUCCUGAAUGGGAGACUAAUUGGACCUCUCAACCAGACGACAAUUCUAGAUGUUCAAGACCUGGAAUUGGCACUGCAGUAUGAACGCUCUAGGCGUAUUACUCCUGUAGUAAAGGCCCUUGGAUCACUCCAAGCGACAGAUAAAAUUCGUGAUCACUCAGCAUUUGCAAGAUUGACAUCUAUGGUCGCGCUUUCGACAAUUUCGGAUAUCCCACAAGGAACUUUCCAAAGCGGCCCAAUGAUCCGCACUGGUAUUUUCAAUGACUGGGCUAGUGAGCAUUCGGCUAUCACUAUUUCAAACACAGAGACGCCGUUGAUUCAAAUUGUUGCGACUGUGGAUCCUGCAACAGAAGUUGCUCAACGAUGGAUUCCCAUCCUGAAAGUCUUGUCCAAUCUCAGCAGUGUUUCUUUGAAGAUAUAUCUGACCCCUCUAGAGAGCAUAAAGGAACUGCCCGUGAAGAGGUUUUACAGACACAUUCUUGAGGCUGCGCCAUCCUUUCACGAUGAUGGCUCACUACGACAACCAAGAGCAUCUUUCCAUGGAGUUCCUCAGGAAGCGUUAUUGAAUCUCGGAAUGGAUGUACCUCCUUCCUGGCUCGUGGCUCCCAAGGACUCGGUUCAUGAUCUAGAUAACAUAAAGCUCAGCUCCCUAAAAGAAGGUACCAAUGUUGAUGCUAUAUAUGAGCUUGAGCAUAUCUUGAUUGAAGGGCAUUCCCGCGAUAUGUCUAAUAACAAACCCCCAAGAGGAGUCCAAUUACUCCUGGGUACAGAGAAAGACCCCCAUUUUACUGAUACCAUCAUCAUGGCCAAUCUCGGUUAUUUCCAGUUCAAGGCUCAACCAGGUCACUGGCAGAUAACAUUGAAGCCCGGUAGGAGCGAACAAAUUUUUAAUCUCGAUAGCGUCGGCGGGAUGGGCUAUACCCCCAAGCCUGGAGAUGAUAAUAACGAAGUUUCCUUGCUAUCGUUCCAAGGAAAGACACUGUUCCCUCGCUUGUCCCGCAAGCCGGGUCACGAGUCCGAUGAUGUUCUUGAAGAUGGAGGUAACAAGCCAAGCUCAGCAAAAAACUUCCUUUCUCAGGGACUCAAUUUCGCUUCUGGCAUUUUCUCUGGUGUAGCAAAAACACAAAAGGAGAAGCAUGCAGAUAUAAAUAUCUUUUCUGUCGCCAGCGGCCACUUGUAUGAACGAAUGCUGAACAUUAUGAUGCUCUCUGUCACCAAGCACACGAAACAUUCUGUCAAAUUCUGGUUCAUUGAGCAAUUCCUGUCACCCUCUUUCAAGUCGUUUGUUCCACAUUUAGCUGAAAAAUACGGGUUUUCAUAUGAGAUGGUCACAUACAAAUGGCCACACUGGCUCCGUCCACAGCGUGAAAAACAACGAGAGAUUUGGGGAUACAAGAUCCUCUUUCUCGAUGUUCUUUUCCCCUUGUCUCUAGACAAGGUUAUUUUCGUGGAUGCAGACCAGAUUGUCCGUACGGACAUGUAUGAUCUUGUCUCGCUUGAUCUCGAAGGAGCACCUUAUGGCUUCACACCAAUGUGUGACUCUCGUACCGAGAUCGAAGGGUUCAGAUUCUGGAAUCAAGGAUACUGGAAGCGUUUCUUACGCGGCAAGCCAUACCACAUUUCUGCUCUCUAUGUCGUUGACCUGAACCGGUUCCGUACCAUCGCUGCUGGUGACAGGCUCAGAGGACAAUACCAAUCUUUAUCCGCUGACCCAGCCAGUUUAUCUAACCUUGACCAAGAUUUACCAAACCAUAUGCAGCAUUCCAUUCCAAUCAAGAGUCUUCCCCAGGACUGGCUUUGGUGUGAGACUUGGUGUUCCGACGAGUCACUCAAGACCGCAAAAACAAUCGAUUUGUGUAAUAACCCACAGACCAAAGAGCCAAAGCUUGACAGGGCAAGAAGACAAGUGCCAGAAUGGACUGUGUAUGAUGAAGAGAUUGCGCAGCUAGCAAAGACGGUUGGCGCCCAAGACUCCGAAGCGGAUCAUACAAGUCAUGACGAAACUGAAGAGCCAGAGCUGGAGGCUACGGAUAAGGAUGAGCUGUGA